AUGUCUUCUGCUGAGCCUUUCAACCCUCACAGUGUUGACCUGGACACUGUGGACCCCAAGGCCGUGGUCUGCUACCUCAACUCGUCUCCAAACGACUACAAUGGUCGUAUCGGUCUCCGUAUCUCGGCCUUGUUCGUCAUCAUGGCCACCUCGUCACUCACCACCCUUUUCCCGGUCUUGGCCACGCGCAUUCCCCGUCUGCGUAUCCCGCGCUAUGUUUACCUCUUCGCCCGUUACUUCGGCGCCGGUGUCAUCAUUGCUACCGCUUUCAUCCACCUCCUCGAUCCCGCCUACGAGGAGAUCGGCCCCGCCUCUUGUGUCGGUAUGAGCAAGGGCUGGGACUCUUACUCCUGGCCUCCUGCCAUCGCCAUGACGGCCGUUAUGCUCAUCUUCUUGCUGGACUUUGGCGUCGAAUGGUAUGUCGAGCAAAACUACGAGUGCGAUCAGGCCGACGUGAGCGUCGAAAAGGUCAUCACCACCUGCCCUGGCCACUCUACCGACGGCGCAAAUUCCUCCGACGAGGGCCACAGCUCCGAGUCUCACGACGACUGCCACAACAGCCCUCACAAGCCGUCCACCACCGGCCACGACGCUCAUCACGGUCACCAGUUCCUCCACUCCGGCGAUCAGGACGCCCCGACCCCCAUUGCUCUCCAGACUGCUGCUUUGCCCACCACCGACUCUCAUGGCCACGACACUAGUAAGGACACCAUCGACAUCGAGUCGCACGCCUUCCUCACCGGCGAGUCCCCUGCUUCCGAGCGCAUCUUCCGCGAGCAGAUCGCAGCUUUCCUCAUUCUCGAGUUCGGCGUCCUUUUUCACUCGGUCAUCAUCGGCCUCAACCUCGGCGUUGUCGGCGAGGAGUUUUCCACCCUCUACCCCGUCGUUGUCUUCCACCAGGCCUUUGAGGGUCUGGGUAUCGGCGCCCGUCUGUCCUCGAUUCCGUUUCCAAAGCGCCUUAGCUGGAUGCCCUGGGCUCUGUGCGUCGCCUAUGGCUUGACCACUCCGAUCGCCCUUGCUAUUGGUCUGGGGGUGGCGACCACAUAUGAGAGCGCUGGCUUCACUGCGUCGAUCAUCUCGGGUGUGUUGGAUUCCAUCUCGGCUGGUAUCCUCCUGUACACCGGCCUCGUGGAGCUCCUCGCCAGGGACUUCCUCUUCAAUCCCGACCGCACUCGCGAUAAGACCCGCAUCCUCUUCAUGCUGGCUUGUCUAUUCGCUGGCUGCAUCCUCAUGGCGUUGCUUGGCAAGUGGGCUUAA